CGAAUGACAUUCUAUCGACAAUCGUUAACUGGAUAUUUCUGCAUUUCCGCGGUUCGCGCGCUCGUCAUCGUGAUGCAUCAUCAUGCAUCUUCCAUAAAAGUCUCAUUUUCAUCUUCAUAAACCGAUCCGAUCAUGAUUCGAUGACGAGGCGACCACAUGAACGUGUUGCUUGUUAACUUUCUUAAACUGGAGUGUCAUGUAAAAAACAAGCUGCAAGUGUAAAGAGAAAAAUAUACGAAGCCAAGGCCACGAUCCAAAGUGUCUCCUGUCGUCUGCUCUUGAGAUUCUUUUAUGCAUCUGCAGAACUGACGUCCAGCUUUCGAAAAGAAACGAAAUUAAAGGUAAAAGCUGCUGGUUAAAGUUCAAGGUUUUUCGAUCAACCCAAGUGUCUCACAUUCACAUUCCUCAUACUUGUACCUCAAGUAUGUACGAAUGAAGAAAAGUUAUCCGCCGUAACGUGAUAACGAGAGACGCGUGUGCUGCACAGAAAUCACGUAUACCUAUAUAUUGUAUAGGAAAUACGGGAACGCAAAAGCACUGUGUGGCAUAUAAGAACGUAUUCCAUUCAAGCGGCAGAAGCAGCACCUCCUUUGGCAUUGCAGGGUCAGAGAGCUAGGUACACAUGCCUUCCUUUAACCAUUGAAGGGGCGCACGAGGUAACGGCCGUUGCGAGGGAGCAGCGCAAAUAGCUCGCUCUCGUCGAUGGUCCGCUGGAUAAUGUGGGAAUCGGGGGACAUCAAUAGUAAUCAAGCCACCAACAACCAAAGACAGAGUAGUGGCAGCAACGCCAAAGGGAUAUACCGUCUCCUAGCUUUCAUCAGCUUCUGUCUGCUCAUCUACAAGGCCUGGGGUCCUUUAUUGCUCGUCACCUGUUCCCUCGCCGUCAUCUUGCAUUUGUGCUACUCUCUCCACGUCAACGAUAGCGUCUUCACGCCUUACUCGCUUGUCUUGCUCGGACACGCAAAGAGCUUGGCGCUUGAGCUGUCCCAGACCCUGCAGGCGCUGCUUCAAGACGGACUGCAUAAGUCGAGAGUGUUGUUGGGAUAUUUAAGGAAGCAGUACGAAGAGAAAUUCAAAAGUCAAAUCGAUCCAGCUGAGAAUAACAUUAUGAGCGAUGCCAAGAGAAAUUUGUACAGGCCCAGCGUACUUGUGAACCCAAAUUCAACUGACAAUUUGAACCCAAGAAACAGUGAACUGUAUCAUUCUUUUGCUUUGAAUGGUAUUGCUAAUAUAGGCAAAACUUCAACUCCAAUACCCAGAGGAUCCAACUUUAAAAAAAAUGAAAUGCAAAAUGGAGGUGUAAACGUGUUCACUCCAACGAAUAAUACUUUAAUUAAGAAUGUUUCUUCAUCAAAAACUGAAAAUAAACCAACUCUCGACUUGUCCCAAACCGAAGAUAUCCUAUACAGUUCGAAAAAUUCAUCUUGGAAUUACAGCAUGAGUCCCAAAAGUAAAGACAUGUCAGAAAGCAUUAGGACAGUACAAAGUGUAGCUGGACCUCUUUUAAACUCAUCUCGAUACAACAUUGAUCCAAAGUUGUACACAGAUAUUAAUUCUCCUGGACUUUCAUCACGAUUGACAAGAUAUGCUGCUCAAGCUAACAGUAGUUUAAUACAUCAAUCUCAGUAUGGUGCAGGUCAGUUUCCUAAGGUGAUUCUUAAUGCCAGUCCUAUACCAGUAUUGAGUCCAACAGCCGUGAAAUCUAGAAUGCCAGUUACAGUCAGAGUUGCACCGCCAGAAAUAAGUAACUAUGUAUCAUCUGACAAUUCCAGUCAGCAAGAAAAAUCCAAAACAUACGAAUCAAUGGAUGUCAGAGAAUCAAGGUCUUGCCCAAAUGUUGUUCAGGUUUUGAAGAAGAUGGCUGUUAAAAGACAAGCUUCUAGGGAUGACAUAAUGUUAGAUUUAGCCAAAAAGCAAAAGUCAGAUCAAGAGUAUGAAGAUCAGUUGGAGAAUCUUGAAGAAAUAAUGCAGAAAAGAGCGAGAGAUGAGUCAACAUCCGAUGGUGAACCAUCCCCACAGUCAAAUAAUCAAAGGCCAUCAAAGAAGCAAAAAUCGCUCUCUUGUCAUGAUGUUUUACACUCACUUAGCUCUAGUAACAAUGUCUUUGCCGGUACUAAAAGAAAAGCCAUGGACUCAUCUCGUUGCAGCUCGCCAGUUAAUGAAAAACAUUUUAAACCAUCGAAUACAUCGACAUCUCCUACAAGAAGCUCAUCUUUAACAUUAUUGACUGCAAAAGAACUCGCAAGAUCCAGGGAACAGUUGAAUGUAAGAGUGUCGAUUGAAAAUGCUUCUGGCGAGCCUCAUCAGAAUCGAAUUCAUCAGAAUUUGUCAGAAACUUCACAGCCAGACAAUGAUGUGCCGCAACGGCAGCAGCCGUCACCAGCAACCACAUUAAAUGUAUCUUCUCCCAAAAUUGUUAAAGAAACUGUUCUUCCUAAAGAUGAAACAUUUGCGGACAAAUUGUUUAUGAAACCCGAGCCUACUGCAGAUGAAAAAUUAAAAUCCUUGAUUAAAGAGCAAGGAAAGGUUGAAGCUCAGUUCAAAACUAAUAAUAAGAAUGAAAUUAAGAAGCAAGAUAUUGAUAACAUGAAACAGAACAGCAUGCGCCAAAGACUCAAAAGCAUGUUUGAUGCAAUAUCAGGAAACUAUGCCAGUAAAAUUGAUCCAGAUGUAGUUAUACAGGCAGAGGAAGUAAAUACGAAGCCAACUAUAACGGCUUCUUUUGCUACUUUAAAUUCCUUAACAACGACGACAACCGUCAAUACGUCACCCAUAACGACAACCAUAGUGCCGAUUUUAAAAAUUGAUGCCACUAGCAAGUCUGGACCCGCUUCUAAGCACGUUACCUUCAAUAUACCCGCAUCUUUAUCAUCAUUAAGUAGCAGUAGCAGCAGUUUAUUAGCAGUUUCAACCCCAGAAGCUCCAAAGUCGACCGAGUUGAAAACUGUUGUAUCAUCAAGCUCGACAGAAUCAAUCGCAACCUCGACUUCUGGUGCAUCAUUCAAUUUUGGUAACAAGCCAGUUACCUCUUCAACGGCCACGAGCUCUUCCUUAAAUCCAGCUAGCACAGGUGGCUUUUCAUUUUCUGCAAAUAGCAGUGUAAGCACGACGGCGCCAAGUACCAGUGCAACUGAAACAAAAAGUCCAGCUAGUAAUAGUACGAGCACGCUGUUUUCCACAACAUCUACAGUUAAAACCGCUCCAAGUGCGAGUAGCAGUGCCGUUACGUCUGGAUUCUCUUUUGGUACUACAACAGUGGCAAAAACGACGUCUCCGACAUCAUCAGAUUCUUUUACUCCGUCACCAUCGAUGCCUUCGUUUUCUUUUACUUCACAUACUACUUCCGUACCGUCAUUCUCUUUCAGUUCUAGUACAACUUCUUUGACAGCAUCGACAUUUUCUAUAAACUCUAACGCUUCUCUGACAAGUGCAAAAAGCACGAACUUAACUUCCAGUACCAGUACUCCAGUGUUAGGUUUUGGAAACACACUUUCAAAGAGUCCUUCAAGCACCUCUAUUACACCAACAACCACAUCUUCAUCGACAAACCUUAUUAGUACUCCUAGCUCGAUAUUUACCGCUUCAUCUACAAAUUCACCUUUUUCGAUGAACAACGCAUCAAACAGCAAUACAAUUCCAGUUUCAACUUCAGCUACUGCAACCACCACUGCAGCAUCCACCUUUAGUUUCAAUACUAAUAAUAAGCCUGCUACGGGUGGUUUUUCAUUUAAUACAACUACAACAUCUACCUCGACUCCUAUUGUUUCGUCAUCAACGUUUAACUUUGCAACCGGUUUGCAGAAUAAUGCAACCUCCGCUAGCUCAGCGAGCACAUUCGCGUUGCCUUCAGCGCCUAGUAGCACAUCUACUGCACCUGCACCAGCUUUUAAUUCGGCACCGUCGCCUUUCAAUACAUCAACCAACUCUCCGAGCAUAUUUAGUGGAGCAUCUGCAAUGGGAUCUUCGCCAAUGUUUAAAAGUCCUGCCAAUACCGUAGCACCAACGACCUCUGCUCCAUCAAUAUUUAGCAAUUCACCCUCAGUUUUUGGAACAACGCAGACUUCAAUAGCACCAACGACAACAACGCCAAGUUUAUUCGGCAAUAAUGCGCCAGUUAAUACGAUUCCAAGCCUGUUUGGAAAUACUGCUUCGACAACGAUAUCAACGGCACCUACGAACUCACCAUUCGGCGUUCCAGCUACACAGUCAUCACAACAGAGCAGUAUAUUCUCAGGCAUAAAACCCACAACAACAAUGUCUUCUUCGAUAUUCGGAACGUCCACUCCAUCGGCCUCACUUUUCAGUGGUACCAAUUCAGCUGCUAAAAAUCCGGGAUCUAGCACAGGAUUAGCUGAGAACACAAACAUCUUUGGACAGUCUAAGCCCUUUAGUGGAGCUACCUCGACCUUUGGUACAAAUAACCAAUCAUCUGGCUUUUCCUCACCUUCAUUGAACAAUCCCAGCUCUGCUAGUUCUCCCACGUCAGCUUUUCAGACGUCAAACAAUCUGUCUACUUUUGGAAAACCAAUGACCACGUUUGGUGUUCCAUCAACUACUUCUGGCGGUUCUAUUUUCGGCUCGACAAGCACCAACACUGGGUCGGUCUUUGGUUCACCAAGUACAAUAACUCAACCAGCUUUUGGAUCAAAUACACCAAGUAGUACCUUUGGCAUUGCAUCUUCCAACAGUACCUUCGGUCCAACAGCUUCAAGCAGUACUUUUGGGUCUGGUGCAUCAGCUCCAGCAAAUAUAUUUGGUUCAAGUGCAACGACUCAAACCAGCACUUUUGGUUCGAGUACGUCAACUUUUGGCUCUGGUUCGUCAGCUUUUGGCACUCCGAACGCAACGACUUCGCCUUUUGGCGGAGCUUCAACCUCCACACAAGCACCCUCACUUUUUGGCAACACUCAGACCACGAGUCCUGCAAAUAGUGCCACGUUCUCGUUUGGUGGUGCUCAGGCUACUCAGCAGCAACAACAGCAACAGCAGCCUGGCACUGCUUUUACCUUUGGCAGUACUAGCAAUGCCAGCACUGCCGGCAACGGAGGAAUGUUUCAAUUUGGCGGAGCCAAUGAAGUCAAGCCGGCCGGUUUUAGCUUUAACGCACCCACUGGAGCGCCUAGUAUCAAUUUUAGCGGGUCAACGGCACCUCCGGCUUUUAACGCACCAGCUCCAAAUAUGUUUAGCAUAGGCGCGGGUUCGUCAACUCCACGACGUUCCAGUCGUUCAAGACGACAGAGAUGAUGGAGAGUGUAACAUUGUCGCCUACAUCUUCUCGAGUAAUUUUUUUAGGCAAAAUAAAAAUUAUGCGCGUUUUAUUAUCUCUCUAUUAAGCUACGUUCUCAUAAUCAUGGAGAUUCAAGCUUAAUCGGGGGAAUGAAAUACGAAGCAAAGCAGAGGGGGAACCGAAAUGAUCGAAUGUCGCUGAGAUUAUAUAAAUAUUUAUAAUGUGAUUUUGUUUAUACAAAAAUAGGGGUUAAACCAUAAAUAGAAAAAAAAACUGAAUUGAUUUAUAAAUGCCAACGUAUUUAAGAAUAAAUGAUGCUUAUAAAAUACUUGUACACUGCCCUCGUUACACUUUUUUUACCGAUUAGCUAGAUGAAUAUGAACAUAUUUUUGAAAUAAAUCUUCGUCGAAUUUAUAUUGUAUGUAUUUUAUAACCGCAGGUUGGGUAACCCCUUUUUUAAAUUUUUUUUCCUCCCCUUAGAAAAUAAAAAUAGUGAUACAACAAAAGAGUGAUCACUGUUUGAUGACUUGUAUUCCUUUGCGCGAGAUCAAUAGGCGCACAUCUGUACAAAACGAUUAAUUGCGAAUUCGUCGCCUAUUUCAGUUUCCUUGACGCUUUUUGUUUAACAAUUAGAGAACUCGGAUGUAAAUGAAUAUUUUUGGAAUAAAUGAAUCAUUGAGAAAGUUUAAAAAAAUUAAUCGUAAGUUACACUUAUCAACUGAAUGAAUGAUUCUUCCUGUACAGAUAAUGAUUGACGAAAGCAUAGUGAAAAUAAUUUUGUUUUAUGUCGUUUGUUAUUUUUUUCUUUUUAAACUAAGCUAUGACGCUUUUAAACUCGAUGAUUACAGAUAAUCGAUCGAGGUGUGUUAAACAUUAUGUCGCGAUUAUAACACAUUGUUAUCAAAGUGCAAAUACGUAGGAGGAAUGAUUCGUCAGCUGUGAUGUUAGUAAUUAUAGAAUGCAAAAUGCAAAACUAUAUGUAGUUAGUCUUGAUAAAUCGACCUUAAGCUUGUUGAAAAACUUCGAUUGGUCUAUUGAUAAAUUUAAAGCAAGCUCUGCGUUUCAUAAAAUCCAAUCAAUAAUGCUAAGAACUUGGAAUUAUAUUUAACAAUGAACUAAGAUUAUUAAGCAUUUUAAGAAGCUGGAAGUUUUUAUUCAUUUUGUAGCAAUAUGAGGUCCAAGUAAUAUAUUUAUAUUACAAAUUUACCGUUCGUCAGUGAUAUCGAGAUAGUCUUGCAUUGUCUAUGAAAUGUUGUGUUAUUUUUCUUUUUGUAUAAAAAACUUACACAGCCUCAAUAAAUCAUUCGAGAUUAACAUAAAA